GGCGGAGUGACGGCAGUGCGUGCCCUUAAGAGAGCAACUGCGUAGCUUACGGGUGAGCCUCUUUUACCCCUCCUUGCUCUUUGGUCUGUCGUCUUUCACAGGACCAUCUUUUUCUUCUCUUCCGCCAUCCAGCUGGGACGUGGAAGGACCGCGCGCUCGCUUGCUCUUGAGAUAUGGUGCUGAAGGCUGUGUGCGUUUUGAAGGGCGAUGGCCCCGUGCAGGGCACUGUUUUCUUCGAGCAGAAGCAGGUUGGGGAGCCUGUGGAACUGUCUGGAAGCAUUAAAGGAUUAGCUGAAGGAUAUCAUGGAUUCCAUGUCCAUGAAUUUGGUGAUAACACUCAAGGAUGUACCAGUGCAGGUGCUCACUUUAAUCCUCAUUCCAAAAAACAUGGUGGACCAGAUGAUGAUGAAAGGCAUGUUGGAGACCUUGGCAACGUGAAGGCUGACAAAGAUGGUGUGGCAACAGUGUCUAUGAAAGAUCCUUUAAUUCAGCUUUCAGGACCAAUGUCUAUCAUUGGCCGUACUAUGGUGGUCCAUGAGAAACCUGAUGACUUGGGCAAAGGGGGAAAUGAAGAGAGUGAAAAAACUGGAAAUGCUGGACCUCGCCUAGCUUGUGGCGUAAUUGGGAUUGCUAAGUAAAUCAUUUUCCUAGGAUAUAACUUAUCUAGGAAUACAAAGAUGUGGAUGAUUACAUGUAUAAAUGUACUUGGCAAGACCAUUAAACACUAAUCUUAAGUCAAAGCUUGUGUGAAACUUUUAAUUGCUUUGUUCAAAUGUCUCAUACAGAUUUGUAUAAAAUUUCGAACAACCUAUAAUUAAAAUGCAGCACUGACUGUGGAAUAUUGUUUCUGGGAAUUAAACUUAGUUGUCUGGCAUAAUUUUGUUUGAAUUUAUCAAACUUUAAGGCUGGUCUCAAACAUUAGAUAUACAAAUGUUUCUUUAAAGUGAACUUUGUUGGAACAGUUCAGAGUAGAAUUUAGCUCUCUCUUAGGCCUUGGGAAGGCUGAUAUCAAGUAUCAUUUGUGUGGCAAAUCUAAUGAGGCAAGACAGGGAUAUGUGUAUUAUUUAUAACUAAUUG